AUGGCGGACGCUAUGUGCGGGCCCUCGAACGCGCUGCAGCAGUUCAAGCAGCAGACGGAUAUCGACCGUACACUCCAGCAAGACCGUCUCACCUCUCGCCAACGUCCUGCCCAGGGCUUCCGUUCACACACCCCAGGCGCUGGCUUACUUGAUCCCGAAUUCGAGGCCUUUCAAGCUGGAAUAGACCCGUCUUUAGCGCUUGAUCAUGCCCCGCCCUUCCAACGGCCGACAGGAGGACUUCACGGCCCCUCGCAAGCAGCACCCUCCUGGGCUGCCGAUUUCCAGCGACUGCAGAUAUCCCCUCAGCCACAGCACCAUGUCCACCUUCAGCCCGGCCCCAGCACGGCGGAUUGGGCGCAAGGCUUCCGAGAGCAGCUCGCGCAUACCGCUCCCAAGCUGCAAACUUCUUCCCCUUCGCCACUCGCCUUCCAACAACGAGCGAGAGGCUUUGGCAACUAUGACUUCCAGAGCUCCUUCCAGCAGCCCAACUAUGCAUUCACUGCUGAGGCCAAGGGCAAAGAGCCGGUGAUGACGGAGAGGUUCGACGAUGCGGCAUUCGCACGUGCGUUUGAUCAGGCGAGCGAAGACAUGAUGGCAGACGUAGAGCACACAAAAGAGUCGGAAAACAUCGAAGAGAUCAUCGAGAAUAUCGAAGCCGCGGCGGAGCAGAGCGCAACGGAAAUGUUGAGGCAAUCAGAACAGGAUCUAGAGGAGCUUACUGCAGAGGCUACCACUGCCAGGAUGCACACCUCAGAUUUCGAAUACGAACCACAGCAGCUUCUACAAGAGGAGCAGAUGCAAGAGCAGAAGCAGUAUGAGGACGAUGCGCUCGCAGCGACUGCGCAAGAGCUACUAGAGAAGGUGGAGCACAACCAGUCGGACAAGUUCCGGAACAGCCAAUUCUUAGGCCUCAUGCGGAAGUUGAGAGACAGAGAAGUGCGAGUGGAAGGCGACAAGAUGGUCGAGACUGUCAGUCCCACCUCUCAUCCUCAGCAUUACACAUCUACCCAUUCCUCCGUCACCUGCAAAGUCCCUGAUUGUGACAUUUCCGAUCAUGAGUUUGAUCAUUGGGAAUCGCCGUACAAGUGAGCGAGCGGUUCGCUAACCUCGUGAGUAGGCCACCGCCACUUCCGUCCAAGACGACACACUAAACGCCUCUAGCAUCGCCAAUUCCGACCGUGUCUACUUCGGCAAGCCACAGCCGCUCCCUUUACAGGCUACUGUCGAUACCCGGCAAGCUGAGCACGGUCAAACAAUUCCGCCACAGGAACAGGACCACGACGCCGGAAGGAUCGAUCCCAAAGAUGGUCAAGAAGUCGUAGAUCUACUGAACGAAACAGGCCCGAUCACGGAUGACAUCGGUGAGUUUGUCCAGUCGUUUUAA